AUGGAUAACCAACAUCGAGUGCUUGUUGGAGACAAUGAUCAUUUCACUUGCAAUGUCUCUGGAGUACCGGUUGGCCUUAACUUUAAACACAACUUGGUCAGCAAGACUUUGACCGAAGGUGGAGUGUCCAAGCAGAGCAAGCUUAUGACAUCCUUCAAGUAUAGAGAUAUCAAGAAGACCAAGGUCAAAAGGGAGCCCACCCUGGACACUCUGUUUCCUGGCCAGUCACCAAUGUUUAUAGAGAGUCUGGCAAAGGUAGAUGAGUCAGCACAUGGCGGACGGUCAAACAGAGUCAAGAAGGGAUCAGCCAGUCAGUCACAAUCGGCCAAGAGAACUACAGUUGGCAACAUCAGUGGCACCAACAUAUUUGGUCACAUAAUUGCAUCGACUGCUGAACAGCCAAUAACCUCGAGCAACUCUUCAUUCUCCAGGGUUGUCUAUGAGCUCAACGCAUUGGCUCCACUUCUAGAGCAUGACCCCUUCCAGCCAUCAACUCAGAACCAGCAUGUACCUCAUUUGAUGGUACCCAACAUUGAGGAGACAUCUGGCAUCGUGGCACAAGCUCAAUACCUCUUACAUGAACAUCAAGUUCAGAUGCAACUUUCGACCAUGUCAUCAACCAACAACUCACCUCACGCUACAUCUUGUGUGACAGACAGUGAUGUACUGUUGGAAUACAGUAGAACGACAUGCACUGUUGGUGGCCAAAGUAAUCAGUAUGAUUACUCAUUCGUCAGUGAGAUGUCCCUCCAACAUGAUGUGUCCAGACACGUACUUGAGGUUGAGCACCAACGUCUUAUGGACAAGGAGUACCAUGACAGUCUACAUCAGUUCUUUGUUGCAUCAUCAUCAUCAUCAGGUAGUAGCAGUGGCAUUGACGACAAUGUCAUCGAGACCAUCGACUCCUUUGACUUUGAGGAACUACUUCAUACUUCCUCCACAAACAACCACAUCGACACAUUGUAA